AUGGCUAGCAUCAAACUUACCAACGAAUCCGUUGAAGCUCAUGUCGAGAUCCUCCAAGGGCAAGAAAACUAUCUUGCAUGGAAGCGCGACUUGAAGUUCAUCGCCGAGGCGAAUAAUGUCUGGAAGAUCCUUACAGGAGAAGAGGAUAUUCAAGAUAAGCCAACGCGACCAACCCUUUCUGGCUUCUCAAGUCAAGCCAAAUCGGCUAAGAAAUCGAUUGUCAAAGACGUUGACCCAAGCGGCAGCAGUGCGGAGGCUCAGACAAGCGAUAUAAGUCUCACCAUCCAAUUCUAUAAGCUCGACCUUGACGAGUAUGAAAAGCAGCAAAAGCGUUUUCGAUACGCACGAGGAAUUCUCUCCACUACUAUCAAUACGGCACUUCGAGGAUGCAUAAAGGACGAAGAAAAUCCACACCUGGCUAUGGAGAAACUUAAAGGACUUUGCAAGAUGAAUGACGCACGCGCCCUGGAUAUGACCCUCGGCAAAAUCGAACAACUCAAGUUCAAGGGAUCUGUAUCGGACCUUAUCAACACCCUCAAAACCUUUCAGCAAGAUAUAUUUGAUCUUGACGGCACCUUCAGUGACGAUCAGAUUAUGUCAAAAGUUGUCCGCUCCUUGCCAAACAGAUUCAAUAGGUUCCUGGACUCUUGGAAUCUCUUGGCUGGAACUGCAGCACUCCCACGCGACCUGGUGACCCUCCAUGGACACCUUCUAGGUGUGGAAGCGCAAAUGGUGUCAGAAAAGGAAGGCAAAGAAUAUGAAACAAGGACCAAAGGAAGAGAAAGAAAAGAACGACAGCUCUGUGAAGGAUGCAACAAGUGGGGCAACCACAGUGAAGCAGAGUGUUGGAUUGCACACCCUGAACUUCGUGAAAACAAAAACAACAAAGCCAGGGAGUUUCCGAGACAAUUCAAGGCGGAAAUAAAUACUGUAAAAAGUACAAGAUCCAAGGAUAACUCCAAAUAUCAUCCACAACAAGACGCCCGACGCCCGGGUAAGAUUGUCGCCACUGUCGCACUGCAACGCGACCAAUGGGAAACGACAUGUGCAAAGAUCGGUCCAAGCGAGAGAACAACGAAUGUUGAGAAGCCGUCUACCGAAGGAAUCGAAUUUGCUCUGGAACGCAAGAAUCCAGAAAGCCCUCUAUCUCUAGGAGCGCCACAGCUCCUGAACGUACUCAGUCCGCGGACGAUGAUGCUGCUCAAGGAUGAGGCACUGGAACCAAGCCACAAAUGGAUCGUUGAUUCCGGCGCCAACGUCUGCAUUGCAAAUGAUAAAUCUUGGUUUUCUGAAUUCCAGAAAAUUGCGUACACUGUUGGAACCGCAGGUGACGGCGGCCUACGCAUUGCCGGGGCAGGGACCGUACCUCUCCACUUGAUCACUGAUGGCAACGAAACAGUUGAGCUGGAGUUGCACAAUGUAGCCUACGCUCAGGAUGCUAGAUGUAACAUUCUGUCAUUAUCAUGGAUCGCUGAGAAGGCGAAGCUCAGAGGAAUUUGGGGCAUCAAGGGAAUAUCCAUCAUGACCGCUGAUGGUUUUGAAAUAGGCCAUGCUAGCUUGAUCGAUGGUCUUUAUCACCUACAGGUCAAACCACCAAUUGCCGAAGCCCCGAAAAGAUCUCAUCUCAGCGAAGAAGAACCAAUCGCACUGCAAGUCGCAGAAGAUACUGAAGCUGCGAGAAACGGCAGCACACUGGCACCCGAUCAAUGUCUCCCGCCAGGCGUUCAACCACCUUUCGUUGUAUCCCUAUUGGAUUAUAAUAAUCCAGUGUGGAAAUGGCACAGGCGAAUGGGUCAUCUCAGCAUCCAAAGCAUGAGGGACCUGCUCAAAGUCAGCAAUGGCAUCGAUCUAACUGACAAGCAACUCCAGGGAGAGUUGGGCGUCAUGUGCCCCAUCUGCGCUACCACCAAAGCAGUAAACAGGGUUCCUAGAGACCCAGCGACUCGAAGAGCCGCAAAUCCGGGAGAAAUGAUGCAUGCAGACGCGUGGGGUCCAUAUCCUGUCAGCGCAUGGGAUAGUACCAUAUACAUUUUGGCCAUGACUGACGAUGCAACCCGCUUCACUUGGUCAGCAAGAUAUAUAACCAAGGACAAGAUUCCAGAAGUCUUUCGACAUCUCCACCGAACUAUCGAAAAACGAAACAACAUAACAAUUCGUGCCUACCGACUUGACAAUGAAUUUCCACUUUAUGGAGAACUUCGAGACUGGUUUCAACGACAUGCAAUCUCUCUGGAAAACUCGGUCCCCUAUACGCAUCAUAUGAACGGUGUUGCGGAACGGGGUUUCCGUACAGACAGAGAAAGAGCAUCAGCAAUUUUGCAAGAGGCAACAAACAGCGUCUCGGCGACAAUCUCCAAAAUCCUGGGUACACGAUCCGAGGAAACUAUGAGGAACGUGUCUCUAUCGGAAACCCUGUGGGUGGAAGCUUUUGCACACGCAAUCUGGAUUAAGAACAGAUCACCGUCAAGAGCUCUGGAAGGAAAGAUGACGCCAUGGCAAGCCCUUUACAAAGUUGAACCCAAUCUAGCCAUCGAACGAAUCUUUGGCAGUCGAGUCUAUGUUACCUAUCCACCGGAACACAGACAGAAAACCCUCCUCCAGCCAAGGGGUUGGCUUGGAUACUUUGUUGGAUUCGAAACUGAGGCAGUACUAAGGAUAUGGCAUCCAGACAAGAAACGUGUCGUGCGCGUUACCGCUCCUCGCGUUGAUGACGGUCAAGGGCAAGAAGACGUUCACGAAGGAGCAACUCUUUCUGAUAGAAACCCAGUUGGUCAUGUGAGCCUUGACGACUCUGUUUCGGACAAUGUUCUGAGACCCGAUGAUCUGGACAUAAUUUCGCAACCUCAAGAAAGCAGCUCGGAAGAUCUUGAAAAUUGCUCACAGACUAUGUCGGAACGUUCUCCUUACUUUACGCGUCUCAGUGCGAAGGUCUCCCCUUAUUUUGCACAGAACAGUCAAGACGCGGCGCAUCGCUCUGGGGACACUAGCGUCGCAGCACACCCUCCACGCUCGGAAAACCUAUCUGACGACCAAGAAACACAGUCCAAUGCGAGCUUGGGCAGCGAAUCAGAUAAUAGCCAGGAGGAAGUGGCAGGCAUUAACUAUGACACAUGGGACGGAGAUCAUGCUUUUCACGCCUGGCAAGCAGAACCACAAGUGCAUAUGCUUGCAAUAACGCACCCGUCAGACUCACAUACUCAAGACAACGGCGAUCGAAAUGACACUCGAUCACCAAAGGCAAUUGUCACUUGCAUCGGGUGUCAGACAACGCACUCUAAGUGCGCAAAGUCCGCGCCACUAGACGGCUCUUGCAUUGAGUGCACGUUGACAAAUGCGUUGGCGCCACAACAACUACGAAAUGCGAAUCUUGCCAACAGAAUAACUGGAAAUGUUCUCUCGUUAAACCCAUCCGGAAUCUUCCAGGCUGUAUUGCUUGUCAAGCAGCCGGGCCCAGGAAAUGCGUCGGCAUACCUUGUCACUUCUGUCACAAGAACGGAGUUGCCAGUUGCACCUUUCGCACGAACGAUAAUGUCGUCAUCUACCAUCCGAUCCAGGAGAAUCUCUCGCCAAAUUCUCGAUGGCAUGCAAUCCAAGGACUGGGCCUUCGAGAUGAAUGCUGCAAAUUCUGUAUAG